AUGGACAAGACGUGCGGGACAACGUAUCAGAAGAGCUUCGUGGAGCACAGCUUGAAGCAGAGUCCUCUGGCCACGAAGUCCUCCGAGCCCUUCAACGGCGAGCGCGCCCGGGCCUGUCGCCGUGCCCUGGAGCAGCUGGUGAGCCCAGAGCGGCUCCAGGAGCUUCGGUCCCAGGCAAUGGAGUCCGGUGGAGUGGGUCUGUCGAAGAAGCCGUGGUGCAUGAAGCGCACCAUGUUGUCAAUUUGCGCUGCAUUGCUGGCAGUCCUGCUGUUCAAUGACCACGGGCACUUCAUGAAAGCCAGAAAAUGUUUGGGUUUGAUGAUCUUCACUGUCGUCAUGUGGGUUUCAGAGGCGGCUCCCUUUGAAGCUACCGCAAUGCUGGUGGCGCCUCUAGCAGCUGCUUUGGAUGUCAUGGAGGGCAGUAGGGAGGAGCAGGCUACAAAGCUUUUGGCCUCGGUCUUCAAUGAAUCCCUGUACCUCGUCCUCAGCGGUUUUGCCAUGAGCUCCAUUUUCUCCAAAUGCCAGCUGGAUUGCCGUGCAGCUUCCAUUCUUCAGCGUGCGUUUGGCCACAGGCCUUCUCUCUUCAUGUUGGCCAUCAUGUUUCUCGGUGUAGGCCUCUCUGCCCUGUUGUCCAAUGUGACGGCCCCGCUGCUUCUAAUAGAGGUGCUGAAGCCGUUAAUCCGCGACAUGCCGACAGACAGCCGGUACUCCCGAGCCUUGCUAUUGGGAUUAGCCUUCUCCUGCAAUGUCGGAGGAAUGAUGACACCGAUUUCAUCCCCACAGAAUGUCGCAUCUCUACAGGCUUUGCGCCAGCAUCACAAGGACAUCAGCUGGGACGAGUGGCUGUGCCUCAGCAUCCCCUUUUGCACGCUGUCCGUGAUCUUGGUGUGGCUUUUGCUCCUGCUGAUCCAGCGGUUUGACCUCUCUAGCAAUGAGGCUCAGCAACUGCAGACACCAGGUGCAUCAUUUGGAAAGAUACCACCGGUCAUGUUCGAAAAAGAGGAUCUCUCUCUUGGCAAGAUUUGUGGCCUGAUGGGUGCAGUGGCUACGCUUGUGGCCUUCGCGUAUGCGCCAGUGGCGGCAUACUUUGGCGGCACCUCCUCUGUGGCCUUGCUGUUCGUUGCCUUGUCGCUAGGAUCGGGCGGUAUUUCAAGGCAGACCUUCAACUCCUACAGUUGGCACCUUCUUUUCCUGAUCGGCGGUGGCAGCGCUUUGGGUUUGGCAGUGCGUGAGAGUGGGCUCUUGGGACUGGUCACAGACUCCGUUCGGAGGCAGCUGUCAUCAUCCCCGUGGCUCCUCGUUGCCCAACUCAUACUUGUUAUUGUAGGCGCAACGACUUUCGUGUCGCACACGGUCGCAGCGCUGGUGCUCAUGCCGCUGGUCGUGCAGCUGGGGGAGGAAGCCGGGGUGGAGCGGCUGGCUGUGCUUCUAGGAGCCUUUGCCUGCUCGACAGCUUGCGCGCUCCCGAUGACGAGUUUUCCAAAUGUCAACUCCCUGAUGGCGCUGGACGACAUCGGGAAGCCAUGGCUGUCUGUAAAGAACUUUCUGGUGGCCGGAAUUCCAACUACCACGGCAUUGGCUGUACUCCUGGCCACGGCAGGUUACAGCAUUGGAAGGUUUGCGCUGCAUUGA